AUGUCCGAAUCAAUCCCAGAAUCCAUCCCUACCUCUGCCGAUCCGCGCUCCAAACGUCCUACCAAAAAGCGGGCUCUGACCCCAAGAUCAGAAACCGCCUCCGCGAUCUCAACCCUCUUCGCGAAACCCGACCAAGAAAUCCGUAUUCCCUCCUCCACAGCAAUUACCAAUUCCAACCAUUCGGCACCCCCAGAAAUUGUAGCAAAUGUGCAGGGAAGUAGCGCUGGUGCUGGAUCUGGGGAGUUCCAUGUGUAUAAGGCGAGUAGGAGGAGGGAGUACGAAAGACUAAGGGCUAUGGAUGAGGAGGUCAAGAAUGAGAAGGAGGGAAGUCAGUGGGAGAAGGAAAAGAGGGAAAAGGAGGAGAGGGACAGGGAGAAGACAAGAAAGAAUAGGGAGAAGAGGGAGAGGAUUAAAAAGCGAAAGCAGGGUGGAAAGGUCUCGGGAGGGGAUCAAGGGGCAGUUGGUGGUGGAAUCAAGCCAAGGGUAGUCGAGCGAGCGGGGGAAGGCACGGAAGGAAAGGGCGAAGAGACAAGAGAAGUCCAGGAACUGGGAGUUAUUAUCCAUGAUGAUGAUUGA